CACGUAGUUUGACGUUUUGCAUCACUCGUUCUCUCUGAUCAGAAUAUUCAUCCAAAAAGAUAUUAAAUAGUUUUUUAAAACUCGGAAAUAUCCUUGUGGUGGCGUUUCAUGCCCACUGGAGUAUUUGCAUGGAGUCGGAGUACUUCCUGGAAACCACUUCCAAGUAAGCAUGAUCGAUUAUUGGAUGCACAGACGGUGAAAUAAUAAAAAACAAGGUCGUCGUCGCUUUACGAGGUCUGCUCGCUGCUGUUUUAAAAGUGGUUCUUUGAUUUUGCGGACUGUAAAGGUAGUCGGACCUAGUACCUUUCAACAUGGCCAGUCCUCGGACGAGAAGAGUAUUGAGCGAUCUGAAACCCAACAAUAACAACACUAAAUGUUUCGAGUGUGGAACUCACAAUCCACAAUGGGUUUCGGUGACAUAUGGUAUUUGGAUCUGCUUGGAAUGCUCCGGAAAGCACCGUGGGCUUGGAGUUCAUCUUUCGUUUGUUCGCUCAGUUUCAAUGGACAAAUGGAAAGAUAUCGAGCUGGAAAAAAUGAAAGUCGGUGGAAAUAAGAAUGCUCGCGACUUUUUCGACUCACAGGAUGAUUGGGAUGAUACUCUGACAAUCCAGAAAAAGUACAACACUCGAGCUGCGGCAUUAUACCGAGAUAAAAUAUCUACCCUAGCCCAGGGAAAACCAUGGGACCAAGCUUCGGCUUUGGCAAGAAUUAAGGAUGGUGGAUUUUUGUCUACAUCACAUUCUAAUAGUGGGGUCACUAGUGGAUUGACCCACUCUAGAAGUAGUGGAUCUGUUCAAUCGAGUGGCUAUUCCUCGGCUUCCGGAGGGUAUCAGAACGGAGGAACCUAUCAGGAAACAAGCUAUCAACAGUUCAAUACGGCCGAAUUUAAAUCGCAGAAGGAGGAUUUUUUCAGUCGCAAGCAGGAAGAAAACGCUUCGCGACCAGAUCAUUUACCUCCGAAUCAAGGAGGUAAAUAUGCUGGUUUCGGGUACAGCAGGGAUCCGCCUCCGAGGAGUCAAUCACACGAACUUUUCGAUUCGGUGCAAUCGUCUUUUGCUAGUGGCUGGAAUGUUUUCUCCAAGGUGGCUAACGUGGCCAAGGAAAAUGCCAUGAAGUAUGGAAGCUUGGCCUCUCAAAAGGUUAAAGAAGGCACACUCCUGGAAGGAGUCGGCUCACAGGUUACAAACUUAGCCAGCAAGGUAGGCGAAGUAGGCCGCAAAGGUUGGGGAAAUCUCAGUGGAGCUGGCAGUUAUAACGCUCCUGGAGGUAAUGACCGGUAUGACAGUUUUCCGUCGGAUGCCGGUUCUAACGGUAGCGAUGGAUAUCAACGUUCUUCUUCCAAUGGAAAGCUGAGCGGAUAUGGUGGCAGUGGUGGCGCUGGUGACUGGAACUCAUGGAACAAUGACAGCAAUUCCAACGCGAUGAAGUCAUAUCAAAAUCCGGACAGCGAUGAUCAGGAAUGGACGGGAUUCGAAUCACACAUGACCACUGCAGUGCAAUCCACAGAAGAAGGAUACCAGAAUGCCUCCCUUACGACUACAGCGAACGACGAUAGGAAUCAGAACACAUCUACUUCCAUUAGCCAGCAAAGAUCUAGUGCCCGAAGCAGCAUGAAAAUGAAACCGAGCUCUAAUCUAGAGAAUGAUUUUGCUUCUUUGGAUGUGAAAAGCAAGAUUGCUCCAGCUUCCAAUAAAAAGAACAAUAAUGCUGAAGAUGAUCUAUGGAACAUGCUAAACAAUUAGGAAUAUAGCCACAUGCAUUUGUGUAAACAAUUUUAUCAACUUAGUAAUGCGGCAAGAGCAUCCAUAAAACAGCGAUAUUUUUCCUUAUAUGUGUUUUUACCAACCUAAAAGAAGAUGUUUGAACAAUUUGUAAUUCAUUUGCCCCCUUUUUCGUGCUUUUGUUUUUAGUAAAGGAGAAAAUUGAUGAUUCAUGUUUAGCAAAGAUUUAACUAGAAUCGUAACAGAUGGUAGUAAAAUAUUGUCAGCGACAGUAUAUAUAUACAAAUAUUAGCAAAAUAACUGUAAACAUAUAUUUAUAUUAAGCAGGCAGUAUAAAUUACUUAUUUGGCAAAGAGGUAAUAUGAUGAAUCAUUCUAUAAUGCAAAAUAUAUUAUGUGAAAAAAUUGAA